AUGAAGCCUUUGGAAGUCGGAUUGAAGGAUGUGUUCGGCAUCUUGCCACGGUACUCGCUUUCUGUAGGACUACACAACAUCCUAGACAUUGCAGCAGAACAUGGGCUUCGGCUCUUUGUGCCCAGUACAAUUGGUGCCUUCGGACCAACUUCACCUCGAAAUCCCACUCCUGACCUUUGUGUGCAGAGACCACGCACUAUAUAUGGCGUCUCUAAAGUCCAUGCAGAGCUUAUGGGGGAGUACUACCACCACCGAUAUGGCCUUGACUUCCGCUGUCUGCGGUACCCUGGCAUCAUCUCUGCAGACUCACAGCCCGGCGGUGGCACGACAGACUACGCCGUGCAGAUUUUCCACGAUGCUGUCAAGACCAGCAAGUUUGAGUGCAACUUAAAACCAGACACACGGCUGCCCAUGAUGUACAUUGAUGACUGUUUGCGGGCCACCCUGGAGGUGAUGGAGGCGCCGGCGGAAUCGCUCAGUAUGCGCACCUACAACAUCAAUGCCAUGAGCUUCACUCCAGAGGAACUUGCAAACGAGGUCCAAAAACAGCUGCCUGAUCUUCAGGUCACAUAUGAGAUUGACUCUGUACGACAGGCUAUAGCUGACAGUUGGCCCAUGAACUUUGAUGACAGCAACGCACGCAAUGACUGGGGCUGGAAGCACGACUAUGAUCUGCCAGAGUUGGUCCAGACGAUGCUCAACUUCAUCGGCUCAGACUCCCGCAUUGCCCAGGCUAACUGAGGCUGCUCAUGAACAUUGAAAAUCUGUAUAUUUCAUAAAGAUUUAUAGUGACGCAGAAGAGAGAUCCGUGGUCUGUAAAUAGUCGUAUUCCUUUUCUCUUUUGUGUCAUCUGUAUAUUCCGUUUGACUAGCACAGACUAUAUGUAUAAUUGCAAAUUAUACAAAGAGGUCAAGUCUCUUUUCAAGUCAGGGUUGAAAACCGUCAGAGUUAGGUAUUUUGAAAGCUAAAUGAAAGGAAUGGGUUUAAACCUGACGUGAUCCUCUUGUGCUUCACAUUUAGUGAAAAAGGAUAAUUAUGUCUCCAGGAAAAAUAAACCAAAAAAACAUGAAUGUCCAAAAAUGAACAUGGCAGAUCCUAAAAUGUAGCUUCCCAAAUUUUACUAUCUUUCUGAAUUUUUUUUUUUAAAGAUAAAUAAUUUUACUGUACUUUUUGUAGAAGAACAUAAUAUAUGAGGGAAAAGGCUGAUGGCCGAGUUCAGACUAAUAGGAAUGAAAGCUAGGAAUUGUUAAAGCAGCUUCAACCCAUUCUAAAAUAAACAGACAAAGAUUCUGGUUUAAACAGGGUGGGACUCAGAUGUAGGUCCUCAGGGAAAGUGAGGGUCAUCAUGAAUGACGUUAUCGUAUCCCUUUUGGUUGCUUUUCCUCUCUUGUGCACUAUCUAUUUAUUCAGACUGCUCGCAAAUGAAAUGCAAGAUGUGGUCUUGCUUCACAUGUGUGCUGUAUACUUUAAUAAGGUCUUUU